GGCUCUGGGCGGUGGCGGUGGCGGUCACGGUCACGGUCACUCGGUCCUCCCACCAGUAGGUGGGGCGGUGGCGAUCCCGUUGUAUCUGGGGAGGGGAGGCCGCGUCUGUGUGGGUUGUUGCUGGAGACGCGGAGAACAUGCCGUUGGGUCUGAAGCCGUCCUGCAGUGUGUGCAAGGCCAAUUCUUCGGCCAUGUGGAGGAAGAGCAGUCAGGGCGAGAUCAUCUGCAACAACUGCGCUGGCAAAAGCCCCGGACCCGUCUCCGUUUCAGGCUUGACCGCGGGGUCCGGAUCAGCUCCGGCUGCUCAGCAGAGCAACGGUGGCGGCAGUGGCGGAGGCGGCAAACAGGCAAAGCAAGAAAUUCAUAGGCGGUCUGCAAGGUUACGGAACACAAAAUAUAGGUCCAUGCCACCUGCCGAAAAGAAAGUUUCUACAAAAGGAAAGGGGCGUAGACAUAUAUUCAAAUUAAAAAACCCAAUUAAAGCUCCAAAAUCUGUGUCUACAAUAAUCACAAGUGAAUCUAUUUUCUAUGGGGGUAUAUACUACCAAAUUGGAGAUAUCGUCUCUGUUGUGGAUGAAGAUGAUGAAAAGGUUUACUAUGCUCAGAUCAGAGGAUUCGUGCAGGAUCAAUAUUGUGAAAAGAGUGCAGUGAUCACAUGGCUUAUCCCAACUCGGGCAAGCUCCAAAGAUCACUUCGAUGCAGCAACUUAUAUACUUGGGCCAGAAGAAGACCUACCAAGAAAAAUGGAACAUUUUGAAUUUAUUUGCCAUGCACCUUCAGAAUAUUUCAAAUCACGAUCUACUCCCUUUCCAGUUAUUCCAACCAGACCUGAGAAAGGGUACAUCUGGACUCGUGUUGGACCAACCCCUGCAAUAACGGUGAAAGAAUCAAUAGGAAACAGUUUAUAGCCAAGGCAUCAAAUCUUUCUUAAAAUAAGUUAGUAUUUGUACAAUAUUAGCUGAACUUUAGCCUGAUUAACCGGCGAGCUGUUGUUCAUUUUUAACAUGUCUGAAGUACAAAGUUUGCCCAUUAGGCCACAUCACUGGGUUCAAAGUUGUCUGCGUGAGGUUCAUGAACUCCAGAAAUUUAGUCUUGACCUUUGUUAGAAUUAGUAUGGCAAGACCUAUUUUUGACAUGAGAUUGCAAUUUCUGCAGAAUGUUGGUGAGCUUUUUCAAUUUAAAUAUGGUAUUUGUAUGUUACUAAGUAUUUUCUGUGGAUCUGUACAUUGUGCCACAUUUAGAUUCAAGUUGCCGAAUCUCCAUCCUCCAAUAAACAGAUUUGCAGAUGUUGGGAAUAUUGUACAUUAAAAUGUACAAUAAUGUAAUUUUGUACAUUAAAAAAACAAAUUGCCUAUGAAA